AUGGUAUCUCUUAGACGAUCACGUCGUUAUCACAAUGCACUAGAAAGAGAGCUCCACGCGGAUGUCCGCAACUUCUAUCAAGAUACCUCUCGAACCUUGACCGGUCUUGGACCAUAUCCCACCGAACAAGAAGUUCAAGAUGCAACCGCGACGUGGCAGAAGAAGGACAACAUCGAGGACGCCAUCCGCGAAGCUAUACGAAAGGGCAACUCAGAUAGCGGUAACACUACUAGCACCGUCAUACCCCUCAACGACGCCGAGAAGCGUGCUCUGAUUAACGAGAUUGACCAUUCGUUCUCUGAGAACGGGAUGUGGAUGGUCAUCUUCACGGUUAGCCUGAGUGACUUUCUUCAAGGCUUUGUUCAGAGCAGCCAAAACGGCGCAAAUCUGUUUGCUGAUCAGUGGCUUACCGAGUCUGGUGACCCUGUCAACUCCCAGUUCGCCUAUGCCAAUACAGCUGUCUACCUCAGCGCUGCUGCUGUUGGAUGUCCUCUGGCUGCGCCUAUGAGUUCACUGUUUGGUCGUCGUGGCGUCAUCAUUGUAGCCUUGUUUCUCAUCUUUGCGGCAUCUGUUGGCUCGGCUUGGAUUACCCUGAAUGACAAUGCGUGGCUAGUUCUCGGGAGCAUCCGACUCAUCGGCGGCGUCGGCAUGGGCUUAAAGGCAACUAGCACUCCCAUCCUCGCAGCGGAAACAGCAGUUGGCUCGUGGAGAGGAUCUUCGGUUCUGUUAUGGCAACUAUGGGUCUCGUUUGGCAUCAUGAUGUCUUUCAUUGUCAAUAUUUGUUUGAACCAGAUUGACGACAAGGAGCUGAAACUCCGCUUGAUUCUCGGGUCUCCAGCAGUAUUUGCGCUUAUGCUCAUGUACACUGUCGCCAAAUGUCCCAAGUCAUUCCGCUGCUACUUGAUGCCAGGCUCAAGAAAGUAUAGCCCCGAAAAGGCAUCUCUAAACUUGUACUUGACAUACAAGGGAAUAGAUAGCGAGUUCGAAAACGAAGGACACGAUAGAACCAAGGCUGCCACAAAACCUCGAACGCCAGCAGUUGAAGCUGUUAGUCACUAUGUGUUACAGUACUGGAGAAUCCUGAAAGUCCGUCGCCUUCGCAAUGCUGCUAUUACUACAGGAAUCGCGGCUUUGUCGCAGCAACUUUCUGAAAUUAACCUCAUGGCAUUCUACGGUGGCACAACACUUGUCGGUGUUGGCCCAGGCAAUCACCCAUCAGAUAAUCAAAUCUCCAAGGCCAUGCUGUACAACCUGAUAUUUGGUCUGUUAAACCUCUUAUUCUGCUUACCUGCCAUCCACUCCAUAGACGUUCUGGGAAGAAGAAAAGUUCUUCUCCUCACGAUCCCAGGUAUGGCCUUGACCUUGAUGGCAGCGGCUAUAUGCUUCGAUGCAGUGAAUGAAAAGGUGAAAAACGAGGUAGCGGCCUUCUGGAUCUACUUUCACACAGUGUUUUACAGCCCCGGAAUGGGACCAGUGCCGUUUGUCUUGGCGGCGGAAAGCUUUCCCUUAGCCUUUCGUGACACCUUGCCGGCAUCAAGUUUUGGGGGAACUCUUGGGGUAUUUUCUGGUUUGAACGUUGUUGCUUUUGUUCUCAUCUUCCUCCUGAUGGAAGAAACCAGUGGCAUACCUAUUGAGUCUCUAGGGUCGGUAUUCAACCAGCCCAAGACAGAUUUAAUCCACUUCCAACUCAAAGAGUUUUUACCGUGGUUGGGUCGGUUCCUUAUUGGCAGGAGUAGUCUUGCCGAUAGACCUGAACGAACCGUGGACCUGAGCCCGAGCUCAGUGCCAGCUGCUUCGAUCGCUGAUGAUGAUGAGGAGCGCAUUUGGAAUAGCGAUAGUGUUUCGGAUGGGAUAAGGCUCACCGACAUGUCGGGAGGAAAUGGGAGAGGCUGA